UCAAAAAACGCUCGGGGAGUGAUUCCUUAAUUAAAACUAACCCGGGGACGUAUAGUAAAAAGAGGCAGACGACAGACCAUCGUCAUACAAGAAGGAUCGGAAUGGACAACAAGAUGUGGUGUGUUUAUGUGUGUUUGAUUGUGGUGGUUUCCGCACAAACCAUUAACAAGAAGGCUAUAGAAGAGGCUAAAGCGGAACAGAGAAUUCUUGGAAAUAUCCAGCCAAUAGUAGUCGGAUAUGUGUCAGAAAGUCUUCAAAUCGCCAACGAACGACUCGAGGAAAGGUUCAGCAACCUUGAAAAACGAUACGACGAAAGGAUCCAACAAAUUGAAUCUGAUGCCAAAAAAGGUAACAAAGGAGUGGUAUUUACAAGAUGGGGAAGGAAAGAUUGUCCACCAGGCAACACCAGUGUGGUUUACUCAGGAUCUGCCGGCGGAUCGUUUUAUGACCACGUGGGAGCCGCAGCCGAAUACGUGUGCAUGCCACAUGAUCCAAUAUGGGGGCCCAACAAGGAGAUGUAUUCAAACGAGAAUGUUGGCUACAUGUAUGGUGCCGAGUACCAGAAUCCGAUCACUUUGUUUGGCGUCUCAAAUUAUGCAAUGGACGUUCCUUGUACUGUCUGCCUGGAUACCCAUCACUCCACCCUCCUCAUGAUCCCGGGUAGGACGGAGUGCUACCCCGGAUGGACGGAGGCUUAUCACGGGGAUCUAGCCUCUGGUCGGCAUGACUAUAAGGCGGCGUCCGAGUAUGUCUGUGUUGAUGAGAAUCCACAGUCUCUGGCCAAGGGAUUGGAUGACGAUGGUAAACUGUUUUAUGGUGUCAAGGCUAAAUGUGGGACAUUGCCUUGUCCGCCGUAUGAGGACGGAAAGUUUCUUUCCUGUGUUGUUUGUCUGAAGUGAGCCACUGCAUUAAAAGGUUUCACAGUUUAACUUUAUGUUUGUAUGAGAAAAUAAAGAUAUUUUCAACAAAG